UUGAGUAAUUUUGCAAAAUUUUAUAAAUUGAUUGAUUUUAAUGCGAAUUUGUUCUUCACCAUCGAAAUGGUGUUUUCGAGAUUAGAUUAGAUUUAUUCCACCGCCGAUGGUGUAAGCCCCAGCAUCGGAACCAUCAAACAUGCACAGCAUCGGUUCAAAUUCAAUCUCAAUCUCGUGCAUUUUUUAAAUGGGUAUACAUUUUAAAUUUUACCCAACUUACGCUCAAACCGGUCGAAGCAAACGCUGCUGAAUGAUGAUUAUUUCUUCCCGACCUGCUCACUGCUGUGGAAAUGUGCUCGGAGUAGAGUGAAUAGUUUCCGCCCGUUCAACAACAUCACAGCAGGCAGUGCAUGUCUUAGGAGCACAGUACAUGUCUUGCAUUCUUCCUUGUUGCGUCAGCGUGCUGAAAGAUUUGGUUUACUUUACGGAGCGUAUUCGAAAUUUUGCAAACAGUGUUGAACACGCUGCACCAAUGAAAUCUCCUAAAAACAACGGGAAAACAAAGCUAGAAAUGGCGGAACCAUCGGGCGAAACAUCAACGCAACGUGCCGGUGCAAUGGUUUGCAAACCGGGCAAGAAAACGCGCAAUCCGUACUUAAAUUUUUUGCGUGAUUUUCGCAUUAAAAAUUGUCACCUUUCGGUCGUGGAAAUUGUACGUCAGGGUGCGGAACAGUGGCGUCGGAUGACUGAUGAACAGAAGCUACCGUACGUGAAGGUUGCGUUCUACACACCGCUGAAACGGCGCCGUUGUCCCUCUUGCAGGGCAAGGCUCGGACCGAUGAAAACACAGCGUCGCGCCAUUGUGCGCCGGAAGCCAAUGAUCGGUGGCGUUCCUGUGAAACGGGAAAAACCAAGCAAAGGAGGACGAAGAUAGGGCAGAAACAGAAGCACUUAAAGUAUCCUCAAAACUAUUUAAUCUCCUUAUAUUUUGUAUAUGGAUUUUUACACCGGUUAUCAAGCGUAUCCGUAUGGCAGUCACGCAGCCUUGCCCUCUGCCAAACCCCAAAAUAGUCAAACCGUCCGGAUCGUUACCGUAAACGUUUGGAGUCACUUUGGAAGAAUGUUAAAAAUAAACUCUUGAAUUGUGUCUCUGUCAA